AUAGAGAAAAAGCUCUUCUCUUUCUUUGUCUUCCCCCAUUCACGACCUCCUCGACAUCUAUGGACGUCGGGAAAACCCUAACCCUAACCCUACUUCCCGAUCUCUGAGUACUCUUCUUUGAAUCCUCGGUUGUUGCUUCAAAGGAGGGCGAGGAAGCGGGGGGCAUGGAGAACCACAAGAAGUCUCAGAUGCGGGUGCGGCUCCGGGUGACUGCGAAGAAGCGGGCAAAGGAUGGGGCUGUUGUCGGAGAGUCUUUGAGGAAGCUCCGUGAACGGGGUUCGCUGAAUUCGGUGAAGAAGCUACUGCGCCGUGAGAUCGGGGGGCUUCCGCGUAUGUCCCGUGGCACCUCGUCGAAUGCCCCUGAGAAAUUUCGGAAUAUUCAGCUCCAGGAGGAGUUUGAUACUUAUGAUGACAACAUUCAUUGGUUCCUUAAGCUACAAUUUCUUAAAAAGAGAUCGAAAAUUAUUGAGAUUGUUGCAGCAAAGGAUGUCAUAUUUGCUCUUGCACAAUCGGGUCUUUGUGCUGCUUUUAGUCGGACAACAAAUAGGCGCAUAUGCUUCUUGAACAUCAGCCCGGAUGAGGUGAUUAGAAGCCUCUUCUACAAUAAAAAUAAUGACUCCCUCAUCACAGUGUCAGUCUAUGCAUCUGACCAUUUCAGUUCGUUGAAAUGCAGAACAACUCCGAUAGAGUAUAUUAGGCGGAAUCAAUUGGAUGCUGGUUUCCCCCUUUUCGAAACUGAAUCACUCAAAUGGCCUGGUUUUGUUGAAUUUGAUGAUGUAAAUGGCAAAGUACUGACAUAUUCAGCACAGGAUGGCAUUUACAAGGUCUUUGACUUAAAGAACUACUCUUUUUUGUACUCAAUAUCAGAUAAAAAUGUCCAGGAGAUCAAAAUCAGCCCAGGAAUUAUGUUGCUUAUAUUCCAUAGAACUCCUGGCUAUGUUCCAUUGAAAAUACUCUCAAUUGAAGAUGGAACAGUGUUGAAGUCUUUCAAUCAUUUGUUACACCGCAACAAGAAGGUCGACUUCAUUGAGCAGUUCAAUGAGAAACUUCUGGUCAAACAAGAGAAUGAGAAUCUGCAGAUUCUUGAUGUGAGAAAUUCAGAGCUGACUGAAGUCAGCAGGACAGAAUUCAUGACUCCGUCAGCAUUCAUAUUUCUCUAUGAGAAUCAUCUUUUCUUGACCUUCCGAAACAGGACAGUUGCCGUCUGGAACUUUCGAGGAGAGUUAGUCACUUCCUUUGAGGACCACCUGCUCUGGCACCCAGAUUGUAACACCAACAACAUCUACAUUACCAGUGACCAAGACUUGAUAAUCUCCUACUGCAAAGCUGAAGAAAACUGCGAAGAUGAGGGAGAAGUUUCUGCUGUUGGUUCUAUAAACAUGAGUGACAUCCUGACCGGAAAAUGCAUCGCCAAGAUAUGCGCAAAUGAUCCUCAACUCCGUAUCAAUCUUCGCGGUAGAAAUGAGACAGGAAGAUCCUCCAUUAGAAGCACCAUCAGAGAAGCAUUAGAAGAUGUAACAGCUCUGUUCUACGACGAGGACAGGAACGAGAUCUACACCGGCAACAAGCAAGGUCUAAUCCAUGUCUGGUCCAACUAAACAGUACCAUGGUUGUUUGAGUUACCUGUAAUCUAUUAUUGCAUCAAUUUUAUAGAUUUAAUUCAUCUCCUGAUGAUACCAUAAAGUAUGUUAGCUUCUGUCUGUGGACAUGUAGACAUGGGAAUUUAAUCCCACCCCACCAAUUAUGUAAUUUGUGUCUCCUUUCUUUC